AUAUAAAAGCCCUACAUUAUGAUGGCUGACAACAAAAUGCUUAAGCUUUACGUCUUCUUCGCUUGCUUGUCGACCAUUAUUUGCACUCAAUGGAGACGGCUCAGCGAAGAUCCGGUAGCAAAAGAUAAGCUUCUCAACUACAUCAAAAAGGAGGCCGGACCUAAGCUAUAUCAGAUGAACUUGGAAGGUACGCUUGUAAAUUACGGCAAUUGUUUCUGGAAUGUGAAAAACGAUGAUAUCGAACAAUGUGAGGAACUCGUUGAAAAAUCAGUGAUUUUGCCUGGGUACUUCGAUGAUGAAAAAUCGGCGAUCGAAGUUGUAAAUCAUGUCAUUGACCAGUGGAGAGAAAAAGGAAGAAAAGAAAACGAAGCGUUCAAAGAUUUCAAAGAAAUUAUUAAUGAAGUAGCCGAUAAGAAUUCAGUUGGUUGUAUAUAUGGUGACGUCAGCGACUCCUAUGGUUUGGAAAUUGGCGAAGCGAAAUCGUCACUGGCAUCGGAGACUGAUCGAGAACCUAUACUACUUUACUAA